AUGACUGGAAGUCAGGAAGAACUGGUGGAGUUGUUUAUGACUAUAGGCCUGAGUAAGCAGAAAGCAACAGAGACGUUAAAAAAUCAAACUGUGACGGAUAAUUUGUAUUUAACCAUAUGUGAAGCAAAAAAGCAUGGUGAAAUUCCCAAAGAUAGCAAUUCUCUUUUGUACCAUUUAGCAACUAAAAUUAAACCCCAAAUUAAAAGUUAUAUUCCGGUUUUGGUGAAAUAUGUCUGCAGUUCAAAGAUUGAUUCAACAUUACGAUUAGAAGCCGGUCUGGAGUAUCUGCUUGCGCAUCCUACAAACUUUGAAGUGAAAGGAUUCGAAGAUUCCUGUGGAAUUGGUAUAAUCGUUACUCCCGAAGAUAUUGAAACAGUAGUGGAAAAAGUUAUAGCAAAACAUAAAAAAGAUUUGUUGGAGAAAAGGUAUCGAUUUAACAUGGGAUUAAUUAUGCAAGAUGCCCGUACUGCCCUGAAGUGGGCUGAUGGUAAAGCAUUAAAGAAUGAGGUGGAUUUACAGGUUCUUGAUUUAUUAGGACCUAAAUCAGAAAGUGACCUCCUACCUGCUUCCAAACCAGAAAAGAAAACAAAAGGUUCUUCACAAAAGCCAAUUCAGGCAAAGAAGGCUGCUGCAGGUGAUAAACCAGGUUCGGAAAACAUUGAACAAAAUGGUGUUCAGAAUAUGAUCACAAUAAGCGAGUUAAUGAAAACAAAGGUACAUUUUCACAAACCUGGUGAAAAUUACAAAACUGAGGGUUAUGUAAUGACACCUAAUACAAUGCUUCGAAUGAAAGAGCAUUUACAAGCAACUGGGAAUAGAGUUAUUACAAGAUUUCCUCCAGAACCAAAUGGCAUAUUGCAUAUUGGUCAUGCUAAGGCAAUUAAUAUAAACUUUGGAUAUGCUGCUGCAUAUGAUGGAGUGUGCUAUCUUAGAUAUGACGACACAAACCCUGAGAAAGAAGAAGAAAAGUUCUUUGUGGGUAUAAGGGAAAUGGUUGAAUGGUUGGGCUAUAAGCCUUACAAAGUAACACAUUCAUCUGAUUAUUUUGAUCAGUUGUAUGAGUGGGCAAUUGUGUUAAUAAAAAAAGGCCUUGCCUAUGUGUGUCAUCAGAAAUCAGAAGAAAUGAAAGGUUUUAAUCCCCCACCAUCUCCAUGGAGAGACCGUCCAAUCAAAGAAAGUUUGCAGUUAUUUAAUGAUAUGAAAAAUGGUAAGAUUGAUGAAGGUGAUGCAACACUAAGAAUGAAAAUUACUCUUGAAGAAGGAAAACAAGAUCCAGUUGCUUACAGAAUAAAAUUUCUGCCUCAUCACAGGACUGGAAACAAGUGGUGUAUAUAUCCCACCUAUGAUUACACGCAUUGUCUUUGUGAUUCUAUUGAAAAUAUUACUCAUUCACUUUGUACAAAAGAGUUUCAAAGUCGACGAUCUUCUUAUUAUUGGCUGUGUAAUGCUUUAGAUAUUUAUUGUCCAGUGCAGUGGGAAUACGGAAGAUUGAAUCUUAAUUAUACUGUGGUAUCUAAACGCAAAAUUGCCAAACUAAUCACAGAAGGUAUUGUGAAAGAUUGGGAUGAUCCUCGACUAUAUACUCUAACUGCACUAAGGAGGAGAGGUUUUCCUUCUGAAGCAGUCAAUAUGUUUUGUGCCCAAAUGGGAGUAACUGGAGCUCAGUCAGUUGUUGAUCCAGAAAUGUUAGAGGCAGUUGUAAGGAAUGUGUUGGACACUACUGCUCCAAGAGCUAUGGUGGUUCUAGAACCAUUGAAAGUAACCAUAUCUAAUUUUCCUCAUCCACAGAAAACUAAUGUAGAAGUCCCUAACUUUCCAAAAGAUCCCAAACUUGGUUCUCAUUCUGUAGGUUUUGAUAAAAUUGUUUACAUUGAACGAAGUGAUUUCAAAGAAGUAAUGGAAAAAGGUUAUAGAAGGUUGACUCCCACUCAACCUGUUGGGCUUCGUCAUACAGGUUAUGUGAUUUUCUUUACAAAGAGUGUGAAAGAUGCUUCAAAUAAUGUGAUUGAAUUAGAAGUGACAUGCCAGCCAGUUGCAAAUCAUAAACCAGCAGCAUUCAUUCACUGGGUUUCAGAUCCUGUGAAUGUUGAAGUACGGUUGUAUGAAAAACUUUUCAUGCAUCAAAAUCCAGAAAGUGAAGCCCAUGGAGGAUUUCUUGCUGACUGCAAUAAAGAAUCCUUGAAAAUUAUAGAAGCUUCAGCAGACAAAUCUAUUAGUUCUGCUAAAAUUUAUGACAAGUUUCAGUUUGAAAGGAUUGGUUUCUUUUCUGUUGACACUGAUAGCACUCCCAAGAAAAUUGUUUUUAAUCGUACUGUCACUUUGAAAGAGGAUACAGGAAAGACAUGCUAA